AUGUUUUUAGGGUAUGCAGGAAGGAGGUCAACUGAAGGGUUUGAAUCAGUUCCAUACGUGGUUUCUUUGUUUAGCGCCAUGCUUUGGCUAUACUACGCAUCCCUCAAGUCCGAGUCCAACGCUUUCCUACUCAUCACGGUCAUCUCGGUCGGAUGUGUCAUAGAGGCCAUCUACAUCGCUCUCUACCUUGCUUAUGCUUCUAAACAAGCCAGGAUGCUGACACUGAGGCUGCUGAUCCUGCCGAAUUUUGGAGGGUAUUGUUCCAUUCUCCUUCUCUUUUACUUCUUGGCAAAGGGAUCGACGAGGAUCCAACUUCUUGGGUGGAUAUGCAUUGCGUUCUCCAUUGCGGUCUUUGCUGCUCCUCUAAGCAUCAUCGUAAUUACUAAUAUGUGA